AUGCCUUCGGGAGGCGACCAGUCGCCGGCGCCGCCGCCUCCGCCGCCGCCGCCGCCGCCGCCGGCCGCCGCCUCGGAUGAGGAGGAGGACGACGACGGCGAGGCGGAGGACGCCGCGCAGCUGGCCGGCUCGCCGGCCCCUCAGACCCAGCAGCGGUUCGAGGAGCUGUGCAGCCGCCUCAACAUGGACCAGGCGGCGCGGGCCGAGGCCUGGGACAGCUACCGAGCCAUGAGCGAGAGCUACACGCUGCAGGGAAAUGAUCUUCAUUGGUUAGCAUGUGCCUUAUAUGUGGCUUGCAGAAAAUCUGUUCCAACUGUAAGCAAAGGGACAGUUGAAGGCAACUAUGUAUCUUUAACUAGAAUCCUGCGAUGUUCAGAGCAGAGCCUAAUUGAAUUUUUUAACAAGAUGAAGAAGUGGGAAGACAUGGCAGAUCUACCCCCACAUUUCAGAGAACGGACUGAGAGAUUAGAAAGAAACUUCACUGUUUCUGCUGUAAUUUUUAAGAAAUAUGAGCCCAUUUUUCAAGACAUUUUUAAAUAUCCUCAAGAAGAGCAGCCUCGUCAACAAAGAGGAAGAAAACAGCGGCGACAGCCCUGUACGGUGUCUGAAGUUUUCCAUUUUUGUUGGGUGCUUUUUAUAUAUGCAAAAGGCAAUUUUCCCAUGAUCAGUGAUGAUUUGGUCAAUUCUUAUCAUCUUCUGCUCUGUGCUUUGGACUUAGUUUAUGGAAAUGCCCUUCAGUGUUCUAAUCGUAAAGAACUUGUGAACCCUAAUUUUAAAGGCCUGUCUGAAGAUUUCCAUACUAAGGACUCUAAACCUUCCUCUGACCCACCUUGUGUCAUUGAGAAACUCUGUUCCUUACAUGAUGGCCUAGUUUUGGAAGCAAAAGGAAUAAAGGAACAUUUCUGGAAACCCUAUAUUAGGAAACUUUAUGAAAAAAAGCUUCUUAAGGGAAAAGAAGAAAAUCUUACUGGAUUUUUAGAACCUGGCAACUUUGGAGAGAGUUUUAAAGCCAUCAAUAAGGCCUAUGAGGAGUAUGUUUUAUCUGUUGGGAAUUUAGAUGAACGAAUAUUUCUUGGGGAGGAUGCUGAAGAGGAAAUUGGGACGCUCUCAAGGUGUCUGAAUAUUGGCUCAGGAACAGAGACUGCUGAACGGGUACAGAUGAAAAACAUCUUGCAGCAGCACUUUGACAAGUCUAAAGCACUUAGAAUCUCCACACCACUUACUGGUGUGAGGUACAUUAAGGAUAGCAGCCCUUGUGUGACUCCAGUUUCUACUGCGACACAUAGCCUGAGUCGUCUUCACACCAUGCUAGCAGGCCUCAGGAAUGCACCAAGUGAGAAACUGGAACAGAUUCUAAGGACAUGUUCACGAGAUCCAACCGAAGCUAUUGCUAGCAGAUUGAAAGAAAUGUAUGAAAUAUAUGCUCAGCAUUCCCAGACAGAUGAGGAUUUCAGUAACUGUGCAAAAGAAAUUGCCAGCAAACAUUUUCGUUUUGCAGAGAUGCUUUACUAUAAAGUAUUAGAAUCUGUUAUUGAGCAGGAACAAAAAAGACUGGGAGACAUGGAUUUAUCUGGCAUCCUGGAACAAGAUGCAUUCCACAGAUCACUCUUGGCCUGUUGCCUUGAAGUCGUCACUUUUUCUUAUAAGCCUCCUGGGAAUUUUCAGUUCAUUACUGAAAUAUUUGAUGUGCCACUUUAUCAUUUUUAUAAGGUGAUAGAAGUAUUUAUUAGAGCAGAAGAUGGCCUUUGUAGAGAGGUGGUAAAACACCUUAAUCAGAUUGAAGAACAGAUCUUGGAUCAUCUGGCAUGGAAACCAGAGUCUCCACUCUGGGAAAGAAUCAGAGACAAUGAAAACAGAGUGCCUACCUGUGAAGAGGUCAUGCCACCUCAGAACCUGGAAAGAGCAGAUGAAAUUUGUAUUGCUGGCUCCCCUUUGACACCCAGAAGGGUGAGUGAAAUUCGUGCUGAUACUGGAGGACUUGGAAGAAGCAUAACAUCUCCAGCAACAUUGUAUGACAGGUACAGCUCCCCCACAGCCAGUUCUACCAGAAGGCGGCUCUUCGUUGACAACGAUAGCCCCUCUGAAGGAGGGACAUCGGGACGCAUCCCCCCACAGCCCCUAGUCAAUGCUGUCCCUGUGCAGAAUGUAUCUGGGGAGCCUGUUUCUGUCACACCAGUUCCUGGACAGACUUUGGUUACCAUGGCUACAGCCACUGUCACAGCCAACAAUGGACAAACAGUGACUAUUCCUGUACAAGGUAUUGCCAAUGAAAAUGGAGGGAUAACAUUCUUCCCAGUCCAAGUCAACGUUGGGGGGCAGGCACAAGCAGUGACUGGCUCCAUCCAGCCCCUCAGUGCUCAGGCCCUGACUGGGAGUUUGAGUUCUCAGCAGAUGACAGGAGCAACCUUGCAAGUGUCCGGUCAGGUGGCCAUUCAACAGAUGUCCCCAGGAGGACCGCAGAAGAAACAGGGACAGCCUUUAACCUGCAGCGGUAGUAGGCCCAGGAAGACCAGCUCUUUAUCACUUUUUUUUAGAAAGGUGUACCAUUUAGCUGGUGUCCGCCUUCGGGAUCUUUGUGCUAAAUUGGAUAUUUCAGAUGAACUGAGGAAAAAAAUCUGGACCUGCUUUGAGUUCUCCAUAAUACAGUGUCCUGAACUCAUGAUGGACAGACACCUGGACCAGCUGUUAAUGUGCGCCAUUUAUGUGAUGGCAAAGGUUACAAAAGAAGACAAAUCCUUCCAAAAUAUCAUGCGUUGCUACAGGACUCAGCCACAGGCCCGGAGCCAGGUCUAUAGAAGUGUUUUGAUAAAAGGUAAAAGAAAAAGAAGAAACUCUGGAAGCAGUGACAGUAGAAGCCAUCAGAAUUCUCCAACAGAACUAAAAGACAGAACGAGCCGAGACUCCAGCCCCGUCAUGCGGUCCAGCAGCACUCUGCCUGUCCCGCAGCCCGGUAGCGCUCCGCCCACCCCGACCCGCCUCGCCGGCGCCAACAGCGACGUGGAAGAGGAAGAGCGGGGAGACCUCAUUCAGUUCUACAACAACAUCUACAUCAAGAGAAUUCAAACAUUCGCCAUGAAGUACUCACAGGCAAACCUAGUGGAUGCUCCGCCACUCUCGCCUUACCCAUUUGUAAGGACAGGCUCCCCUCGCCGUGUGCAGCUGUCUCACAAUCAUCCUGUCUACAUUUCCCCACAUAAACACGAAACAAUGCUUUCUCCUCGAGAGAAGAUUUUCUAUUACUUCAGCAACAGCCCCUCAAAGAGACUGAGAGAAAUUAACAGUAUGAUACGGACAGGAGAAACCCCAACCAAAAAAAGAGGGAUACUUUUGGAAGAUGGAAGUGAAUCACCUGCCAAGAGAAUCUGCCCGGAAAACCACUCUGCCCUGCUGCGCCGUCUCCAGGACGUGGCCAACGACCGAGGCGCCCACUGAGGUCAGUCGCCCCAACGAUGCACUUUCCGCGCCCUGCAGCGCCCUGCGCGCGCGAUGGCGGCUCCCCAGCCCUGCCGCCAUCGGGAUUUUGCUCAUCCCAACUGGCUUUCUCCUGUCAUUCAGCACUUGCCAUCGAGGUUUUUUCUUUUUAACUCCCUGCAAAGCUUUCACAGACGCUGCAGACAGAACAAAGUGUGGUCGCGAAGUGCAAAGGUACCUGCUGGCACGCUCCCUCAGGACCCGGGCUCAGCUCGGGCCGCCUGCCUGUCUGGUCGGCGCUGGCCCUCGCAAGGCCACGGGAAAGCACCAGUGCGUGAGACUUACGCAUUCCUGUCACGGAACAGUCAGAGGCCCGGCCCCGCUGGGGCCAGUGUGCAAUGUGGUGAUCGUGGUCAGGAAGUGGCACUUUAGGGCUGUGAGAAGCAUGAUUUUGUAACCAGAUUUUGCUGUAUAUUGCAAUGGCACUUUCUACAAUGUGAAUUUUAUUAAAUAUAAAACUUCUAAAGUAAACGUAACUCCUAGCUAGACGUUAAUACUUUUGUACUUUUCAAAAACUGCUACUGCCCCAGUAGCCACCUCUCGGGCCUGUGUUUUAGAUUCUCCAGUUUUCUGUUGUGUAGGGAUCAGCUGGCUAAGUGAAGAGUUUAAAUCAAGUUGAAUUAGGGGGAUUAACAUGAAAAAUUAUGACCUCUUCUAGGAGGCAGCUGUCCAAAAGACGUGUCUAUAAGACGAUACAUUUAAAGCAUUUAAAAAUCUUUCUGUGUGUUCUAGCAGUUUAAAAUAGGUUGGAGAAUUUAGGUUUUAUAGUACAUAGUACCAUUUAUACCAAUUAGAAAACAUUAUUUAACAGCUAUUGAAUUAUUAAUCACUAUUCUAGCAGUUUUAAAGUUGAACGAGUAAUCUUAUUAGGGAGAAAAUUCAAUUGUAAAUUGAAUCAGUAUAAACAGAGUUACUAGGUAACCUCAUAUUGCUCUAAAAGAAAUAUGGAAUUUACACUGUUCAUUAGAAUAGUGUUCUGCAAAAAUAUUUAUACAAUCUCAAGAUACUUACUGCUACUGUAAUUUUAUAUGAAAAUAUGUGUAUUUUUCAA